AUGCGAAUCGGGUAGAUCAACAUUUCCAAGUCGUGGCUUAAAAAAAAUGGACAAGUAAAUUUUCUCAAAAGUUUUGAAAUUUCAAGCAAGAAAUGCCUUCAGGACAUCGUUUUCCUCCCUAUCUCAUCGCAGCUGGAGUGCUUUUUACGAUUACUUUUUAUCAUGUUUAUAACGUGCGAACUAAAAAUUCUGAGCUUGAAAGAAACGUCAAGAUUUUCAAGGUUGGUGAAAACUGUUCAUAUGCAAAGUGUUGAAAUUCGUUGGUGAUACCGUGAUAUUAAAUAGAAUUGCCUUGUUUUGUGGAAAACACCAUGUUUAUUUAGUUAGGAAAGCUUUAUAAUCAAGCCUGGAUACUGAUGACUGAUUAUUAACCCUGCAUCAAGUUAAUAAGUUAAUACUUGGCAUUGUGCCCUUGCUGAUAUAAAGGACUAUAAAAGCAAUUAAAACCCCUUGGUGCAUUGACUGCAUUCCAUGUAAACUCUAUUCUGGAAUUGUAUGUGCCAACGUUUGUUCUGCUUUUGGGGACUUGAAACCUGUGUCAGAAUACCAGGGUGAAUUGGGUCGUUCCAGAAAAGAUCCACAUUCCCCCCACGGAGGAAAUUUCUGCCGUCCAGAGGGGGAGGGGAGACAAAAUUGUUUCUGAUAAUAGUAAAUGUAUUAGGACAUCCGAAGGGGGUAGGGGGGUUAACUUCCAAUUUCCUCCGUGGGGAUGGUAUGGAUGUUUUCUGGAAUGUGAUGAAGUGAUGUAAAGCCGUGCCAAAACCUGCGUCAAGAAAAUUGACACGAAAAAAUAUGCGGUUUUGGGGAAUUUCAGAAAUUUUCACUGAAUUUUGAAUUUUUGAAAUUUGGCUUUUCAUUCCUUUCAAAUCAUAAUUUCAAAUAUAUUAACAUAAUGCUCAAAUGCUUCACCAAAUCUUUGCCAAAUUUGCUGCACAAAUGGAUCUUUGGGAUCAUUCUGCGCCAAAUCAAUAUUUGCGAUCAAUCUGCAUGCAUGUAUGAUGGCAAUUGCGAAUUCAAGUAGCAAGUGUGUGGGCUAGGCUUGGGCGGUUUUGCUUUAAAAUCAAAACCGAAAAACCGUCUGAUUCUAAACUGGUAAAACCUGUUUUUUCCCUUUAAUUUUUACUUCAACUGAAUCAAAAGGAAUUAUGGUAUAUUUUUUUUGACAUGAGCAAACGAACAGUACACGACAAGAUGCAAAAUUGUGUAAAAGGUACCUAAAAUGACUUCAGUUUUAAAAUAAAAGAGUCAAGAAUGCAUUAUACCUCUUUAGUUCUUUCCGACUUUAUAUUAUUUAGUGUCUUGUAAUUGAGUUUAAUUAGUGUCAUGUUUUGGGAAUUACUGUAAGAUCGAGUUUCGGGCGAUGACAGUAAACAAUUACGUAAUGAUAGUUUAAGUUUUCCGGUUUUUGUAAAAGCUAAACCGAAAAAAGCCGGUUUGAAAAUAGAACCGAUAAGAACUGGUAAACCACCGCCCAAGCCUAGUGUGGACAAUAGUAAACAGAGCAAGUGUGGGUCACAGAAGAUCACCACCCACACAAGCGGCAGUUGUAAAUAAAUCUUUUAAUGUUUGGCUAGUUUCAUGCAACUUUUUGCUGUUUGUGAUGUGGUAUAGGUUGCAAGUUGACUAAACUAUGUUUUCCAAUUUGCUUAAUUCGAUAUAGUCGAUAUUAUCGAUUUUUUGCCAUUAUUGAUAUAUAGGUUUUUUUCAAUAUUGCAUCAGUCCAGUAAUCUCACACUAAUAUGCCAACAAAUUUUGCAAUCUUGCAGAAUGUACCCACCUCUGUUGAGGCUUGUACUUUCUGGCAUUCUGCCCAAAUAAUCUAUAUAAACUGACUGCUCUGUUCCCAAUUUGAGUUGGGAGGGUUUUUGAAAGAAGUAAGCAGCUAUGUGGCCGUGAUGAAUGUACAGUACAAUCAUGUACCUCUCCUGCAUGAGAGUGGAUCUUCAAUAGGGUUGUCCCCCCCCCCCCAAUGAAGAUUUAAAAAUUUUGACCUCUGAAAUGGAAUUUCCAGAGAUUUUGUCUUAAUCCAAAUAUAAGAACAAAGAAUAUUGUUUAAUAAAAUUUGUUAUACAAGCAAGAAACAUUUCCCUUGAUAUUUCUGUGGUAAGUACGAAAUAUUUUGGGUUAUAAUUUUGAGAAACAACUGGCAGUUGACUAUGCUAUAGAUGGCGAGAAUUACAAGAUGCCAGCUUCUGUUGGGAAGCCUGCUCUGCCUGUCUUCAUCUGUCUUUGGUACUGCAUUUUUAGAGUUUAGCCCUUUUUCAUUUCAACAGCAUUUUCUUUUCUCCGAUUUUCUGUUGUUAUAUCCAGAAAUCAAGGUCCUUGACAGGGGGUGUAGGUAUUAGAUGCAAUUCUCCUUUCCUAGUUCAUGAUAAAAAAAUUUCAUCUUCAUAUUUGGCAGAAAUGGAUCCCAGACAUGAAAUCAUCAUGUUCAAAUUAAUCUAUAUGGAAAAUUUCAUGAAAUUUGGACAUUUACAGUAGGGUACAAGUUACAACGUUUUGAAAGUCCAGUGGAAAUUCCAUAUAGAAAUGUAUAGCAAAAACAAAUUAGUUUCAAAGCACUGAGUUUGUCGGUUAACCGAGUCAAAUCCGAGUCAAAUGUCUGAGUCAAAUGUCUGAGUCAUUGUUUAAUCAAUGGUCUUUCCAGUUCAAUGACUUAGUACCCUAAUCCUAACCAUAAUCCCACUCCUAACUUACCCUAACCCUAUUCAACUGUGAAUUUUAUUCAAUUUCGGAGUUUGUCGGUUACUGACUGACUCAAAUCCGAGUUUGAGUCAAAUGUCCGAGUCACUGUUUAACUGUCUUUGCCGGUAAAAUGAUUUAGUACCCUAAACCUACUCCUAACCCUAUUCGACUGUGAAUUUUAUUCACUUUCGUCCUUUUUUUUACGCGACUCGGGCAUUUGACUCGGGCUCGGGACUGACUCGGAUUUGACUCGGUAAAUGGAUUUACUCUCAAAGCACUGACUGUAACUCGCCCCCGAAAUGUCCAUACAUCGUAACAUUUUUGAUGUGGACUAAUUUGUGCAUAACGAUUUCAAUUCUGAGGUCCAUUUUUGGCAAAGACCAGCAGAUAGACUGAUCGAGAUGAAACAUUGAUGACUAAUCCAACUUGCAUGGAUAGGAGAUUAACCCAUUAAGCUGCUGCAGAUCGAGCUUCCCCAUUGACGAAUAAAAUUGUCUGGCAUUAGCCUUAGGUUAGUCUUACCCUAACCCUAUUCAACUGUGAAUUUUAUUCAAUUUCGGAGUUUGUCGGUUACUGACUGACUCAAAUCCGAGUUCGAGUCAAAUGUCCGAGUCACUGUUUAACUGUCUUUGCCGGUAAAAUGAUUUAGUACCCUAAACCUACUCCUAACCCUAUUCGACUGUGAAUUUUAUUCACUUUCGUCCUUUUUUUUACGCGACUCGGGCAUUUGACUCGGGCUCGGGACUGACUCGGAUUUGACUCGGUAAAUGGAUUUACUCUCAAAGCACUGACUGUAACUCGCCCCCGAAAUGUCCAUACAUCGUAACAUUUUUGAUGUGGACUAAUUUGUGCAUAACGAUUUCAAUUCUGAGGUCCAUUUUUGGCAAAGACCAGCAGAUAGACUGAUCGAGAUGAAACAUUGAUGACUAAUCCAACUUGCAUGGAUAGGAGAUUAACCCAUUAAGCUGCUGCAGAUCGAGCUUCCCCAUUGACGAAUAAAAUUGUCUGGCAUUAGACAAGUAAAAAAAUAGGACUCACUGGGGUGCAUUGUGCCUCAAUGGGUUAACUGGAGACACUGUCAGAUUUUUUUGUUAACCCAUUAAGCUGCAGAGCUUCCCCAUUGACGAGUAAAAUCGUGUGGCAUUAGAAAAGUUAAAAAAAUAAGUAGGGCACAUUGCAUCUCAAUGGGAUAAUUAACUGUAAAGUUGGUAAUAAAUUAGUCUCUCCAGUUUACUAAAUAGCCGGCUAUAUUAGCUGUGUUUGUUUAUUUUAUUUAGGAAGCAUUAGCAGUUAGCAAAGAAAAAAAUAAAGUACUUGUCAAGGAUGCGUUGGAAAAAAUAGAAAAGAAGGAUGCUCGUAUUAAACUGUUGGAGAGAGAGAAUUUAUCAAAGCAUACAAAACUGGGUGUAACUCAAACAAAACUGGCCAAGAUGAAGUCUCAGUUAGAGUUAAACAAAGGAGAGAUUACGAAGCUUCAUCAGUUGGCUGUAAGUUGUGUUUAAAUGAAAUGUAUUUCACCAUGAUGUGUUUUGUGAGGUUUUUGAUGUUACUCUGAGUAUAUAUCCACACUGAGCAGGCUGAAAAGUUAGCCUGACCAUGGUGGGAAUUGAACCCGCAACCUUUGGGAUAUUAGUCCAAUGGUCUGCCAACUCAGCUAUGAGGCCAAGUCUGUUCAAGUGUGAUGUGUUUGUUUAUGUUAGACAGAAAAGUCAGAACUUUGUUGACCUUUGAACUCAGCCAAUCAGAAUCUACUGAGUUUAAAUUAAGUAUGACCAAUCAGAAUCAACUAUCCAGAUCUGGGUAGCGCAGCUGGGGAUCGACAUGCAAUGCCACAAAUUUUCACAACAGUCUACCCCAUAUAAGCCUUCCACAAUUUGGAAUUGCCAAUCCACGCUUCCAGAAAGAACAUCACUUUGGAUAUAGAGCCUUACGUUUAUGUAUGUGACAUUAGUUAAAGUCCAACUUUGCAAUCAUGAAAAUGAGGCUCUUAUAGCCAAGGUGACAUACUUUCCAUGUCCAGAAGGGUGUAUUGCUGAAAGUCUAAAGAGAAACACAAUUCUAUUUUUGUAGGCAGAUCACAAAGCUGAAAUAUCAACUCUUACCAAAUCUGUUUCAAAAUCUCAUGAAGUAUUGACUAAACUAUCAGGUAUUCAAGCUUGUGUAGCUUGGAGUUCAUGUGAUCAACAUCAUGAUCAUAUAAAUACUCUAACUUGUAAAACACAUGAAGAUUUAUAUAACAGUACUUAAUUAUUAUAAAGAAUUAUAGAAUGUAAUUCAUGCAGAAAAUUGAAAAGAAAUCAUUGUUGAAUAUGAUGUUGAACGCAUAUACUGUAAUACAAAGUUCUCCUGACUUGAUUACCUUUUUCCUCAAUAUUCUCAGUUAAAAUGAUACUUUUUGAAAAAAAGAGCAACCAAAUGUAAUAUUUCAAAUCCGACUAUGAGUAUGAGGACUGGACUAGAUUUCAAGUCUGCACAAUUGGAUCAAGGCCAAGACAUAGGACUGGAUUAAUAUAUUUCCACCAGGUAUCCAGUAGUAUCAUGUGAGCAAAAUAAAGCAAUAUGGUAUGAUACUACACAGCUGCCUGUGCUGUAUAUGUUACCUACCUUUAGUUUAUAUUGUGGUACAUGGCAAGCAUCUGCAGCUGUUACUCUUAACUUCCACAAAUAUUUGUAGAGAAAGCUGAUCAUGUAAUGUUGGACCACAAGAAGUUGAAAAAACAAAAUACUGAGCUAGAGGAACAGAAUGGAAAGCUUCAAAAUGACAUGUAAGGUUACACAAUAAUUGAAUGCAACUGUAACAUUUUAAACGUAUGCAUACAAUAGAUUAUUAAAACAUAUCUUAGCCAACACAAAUUUAUGAGGGAUUUGUGGCAAUGUGCCCACUUUGGAAUCACCAGUCCCUCAGUAUUCUGUGCAGGCCUGCAAAUUACCAGUGUCGGUCAUUGGACAUUGUCUGACCAAAUUUUACCUUUUGUCCGAUCAAAGUUUUUCAUGAUCGGACAUGUGACCAACCGAUUUAGGCUGGUCAAAUAUCCAAUCUCAAAAAAUUGAUUUUAACACAAUUUCAUUAAUGAAACCAAAGCAAUAUAAACGACACUCUUCCAUUAAUUAUUUUUUGGCCGCAUUAAACCGUAAGAUUUAAUUACAAAUAUAAAUCGUCUUCUUGUAACAUGGUAGAAAUUAAAGUUAUGUAUAACCUGAACCAUUAUUUACUGAAAAUGCAGUAUGCAUUAUUUACUGGAAAUGCUUGUAGAUUUAUACACAGUUUUUAGAUGCACUGCAGUGCAGAUCAUACAUAAUGCUAUUAUGAAAAAGACCAUGAAAAAUUGUCCAUUGUCCGAGAAAAACUGAUAAAUGUCCGAACACUUUUUGUCUUGAUCAGAUAUCUGUCCUUCCAAGCAAAAUAAUUAUUUGCGAGUCUGUUGUGGCUAUUGGGAUAAUGCAAUUUUCAGACCCUGCUUAACUGGAAAGCAACUAUAUCAACAAGUUGAGUAUAAAUUUUUCUUGUUCAUUUCCUACAGAAAGCAGCAACAAUCCGAAAGACAGACUCUUGAUGAACAGUUAAAUACAUUGAGGAAAGAGAAAGAAGAUCUCCGUAUUAAAGUGAAUGAUUUGACUAGAAAGAAUGAAGUGAUUCAAGAAAGUAUAAGACACAAGAUUAAAGGUAGUGUAUAUAUGCGAGUGAAUUGGGUGGGGUAACUCAAAUGCCUAGUUACCACUGUUCUGAUAAUGUAAGCAUAUAGAAUGGAACAAAGGUAACCAAGCAUUUAAUUUAUAUAUGUGAGUGAAUUGGGUGGGAUAACUCACAUGCCUAGUUACCACUGUUCUGAUAAUGUAAGCAUACAAUGGAACAAAGGUAACCAAGCAUUUCAAUUAUAUACGUGAGUGAAUUGGGUGGGAUAACUCACAUUCCUAGUUACCACUGUUCUGAUAAUAUAAGCACAGAAUGAAACAAAUUUACACACGUUACGUACAAAAAUCACGUACACACGUAAAAACGCAAAGUUGUUACUGGUCUGCAAACAAGUUCUUACAUAUCUGUUCACAAAUGUGUACACUGCUUGUUCCUAGUUGUUUUAACAAGUUUGGAACAAGCUGUUCACAACUGGUAACAAGCUUCAUGGCAUUAUCAGGCUUGUUACAAGGUUGUUCUACUAAAGUAUGAUAUAACAAGAAUGUUACAAGGUUGACGACACAAGGUUGUAACAAUAUUGUUAUAUCAUGACUAUAUCGGACUUGUUGGAACAACCUUGCAAGUUGCAACAAGUCUGAUAAUAUCAGCAAGGUUGUUACAAGUUGUUAACAGCUUGUUCCAAACUUGUUGACAACUUGGAACAAGCAAUGCGAACACAACUUGUUGGCAGACCUGGUACAAGAUGUGACAUUUUUGCGUGUGUACUGCAUAUAUUCUAGUACGUUCGUUGUAUCAUUAAUAUUUAGAAAGUUAUGCCUCCCGCAGGGAGAUGAUUCGACGACAACGUAUGAAGGAAACUGAAGAUGGACAACCCAAACUGAAAACUUUAGAAGAUUCAAGGCAUUCAAGGCAUAGACCUACCAAGAUUAGACACACACAUAGUUUGGUAAAAGAUUCUGAUCAGGAUCAGGUACUCAAAGAUAUCGUAGAUAAUUCCGAUAAAGAUCGGAAUAAUAUAUCGAAAAUUGUGGUCGAUAGUGCUGAUGACAAUCAGAAUAAUGUAUCGAAAAUUAUGGUCGAUAAUUCUGAAACUGAAAAUGUAUCGAAAAUGAUCGCUGAUAAUUCCGGCACUCGGAAAGUGUCGAGAAUUAUGGUAGAUAAUUCUGAUAACACUCAGAACAAUAUAUCGAGGUUUAUGGUAGAUAAUUCGGAAAAUAAGGAAAAACGCGACGUUUCUUUUGUUGCUAAAAUUCCUACCACUGCAGAGAACAAUCUUGUAGGUGGACAGGAAUCUUUAAAUGAUAGUACCUCUGACUACCAAAUUCCGGCAUUCCGUAAAAGUACGGAAAAGCCUUUGGAUAACUUUAAUACUCAAGACCAAGGACAAAACGAAGGUGAAAAUUUUGAAAAUGGAAACACGGACGACGGGCAAAGUUUAAUUGAAGACAGAGAUGAAAAUUCUGAAAGCGACGCUGGAGGUGGAAACGCGAACAGAGAAAGUCCAAUCGAAGGAAAAGAGGAAGAAAAUGUUCAUGAAAUGAGAACCGGAGUCGAUCUCUUGCCAGUAUUCCCCAAGAUUGAAGACGAAACUAUAGACAAACAGGAUAUACAUGAGUCACCAAAAGUGUAUGGCGAUAAUUUACAAGACAAUUUUAAACAUGACAGCGUUUCUGAAACAGACACUUAAUAGAAACUUGAUUGAAUAUAGUUUGUAGGGUUGAGCAGAGACAACUAGUUUUUUUCCUUGGUCGCGCAAUUCAUAGACACAGAUGAACAAUAUAGGGAGCUUAAGAUCUACGCGAAUUUGUGACGCGGACGUGCUUACCUAAGCCUAGUUUUCGAGUGUAAGCCUAGUCAGAGUUGUUACAGUUUAUUUCUGCGAGAUUUGUGACACUGUUAUGACACGUUAACAGCCAUACGAAAUAUAGAAACCAGGCUCUAUAUAGACUAUUGUUACGAAUGCACAUUUUCCCGCCAAAACUACCAUCCGAGGCGACGUGAUAUUUGCAAAGAUUCGUCGUCAUAGAAGUCGUAAAAACUUAUGAUAAAAAAUAUCUUCUUAAUAUAUUGCUUGCCUCUGUUAUGUUGUACAUUUUUUCCAGUAUAAUUUCAUUUUAUUUACUGUGAUAAAAAUAUUUUAAUGGUAUUUGCCAUCGUUUUAAAAUAAAUCUUGUUUAAUGCGCGUCGUAAUUUCGCGUUGUAGAUCUGAAGCUCGCUAUUGUUUGCUUAGCUAAUAAAGAUUAACUGUAGCAGAGGUGGAAAAAGUAUCGGAACCUGAGAACCUAGUUCCCAGAAAUUGUUUGGGGGUCUACAUUUUUUGCUGAAAUUUUUAGACAUUUUUUUAUGUUCGAUAGCUAAUUCUGAAAAUUACACUGAUUGAAUAUCUAAAUUUACUAAAUACCUGAUCGUAGGUUCGAUUCCCAGCGUGGCCAGGCAUACUUUUUUUUUAGCCUGCCCGGUGCGGAUAUACACUCAGAGUAACAUCACAAGCAUCAUAUUCACCUGAGUACAUAACACUAACACCAAGGGUCAAAGGUUCGAUUCCCACCGUGGCCAAGCAUAUUUUUCAAGCUUGCCCGGUGUGGAUAUACACUCAGAGUAACAUCACGAACAUCUUAUUCACCUGAGUACAUUACACCAACACAGAAAAUAUGACAAAUGCCUGAUCACUGAAAUUGAUUGAAUACCAAAUUAAUUUCACUCAAUUUCUAAUUUAUUUGUGAACAGGUCGGAACGAAAAUAUUCAUAUAGCCUGCAGUACGAAAUUUGUUUUUAGUCCUGCAUGACAGUGUGUAUAUUAGACUAUACUUCAGGAUUUAUCUUGUAUGCCUCAUCAGUCUUAUAAAGACAUGAUGUUUGUGAUGUUACUCUGACAGGCCUUAAAAUAUCUUUUCCAGGGCCGUCUGACAAAAUGUCCGGUGACGUUGAGUUUGGGUCGGACAUAUGUCCGAUGACCU